AUAUAAAACUUUAUGCUUCGGAAGAGACUCGCUUGUAUCGUAUUUGUUACCUACGAAGACGUUGUGAUUAAGUUAAUUUUAGUUUUUUCGGACAAGAUGGGAUCUAAAUUAUUUAUUGUUUUUCUCGGAAUCGUGUGUUUUGCGUCGGCCGCUAUACCACCGUAUAUUAAAGUGUGCAAGUCGUCAGAAGCCAAUCUCGCAAGCUGUAUCAUCGAAUCUGUCAAUUUACUAAAACCCACACUUAAAGAAGGAAUCCCCGAACUGAAUGUGCCCCCUAUUGAACCUCUCCUUCUUGACGAAGUCAAACUGCGAAGUGGCCCCAGUUCGGCCAAAAUCAACGCCAACAUCACCAACAUCAAAGUAUGGGGGCCUUCGACAUUCGAAAUCCUCGAAUUGAAGCCAAAUUUGCCCAAAGCCAAAUUUGCAUUCAAAGUCAGAAUUCCGUCGUUGCACUUCGAAGGCGAUUACGACAUUGACAUGAGAAUCCUCGUUUUGGAAUAUAAGGGAGUUGGACCAAUUACAGGCAAUUUUACAAAUUACAGUUUUGACUGCAUUUUGAAAGGAAAUCGAAUCCAGAAAGACGGAGAAGAGUAUUUGAAAUUUGAUAAAAUGCGUUUGAGGUUGAAUAUUGGUCAUUCGAGGAUUACUUUAGGAAAUUUGUUUAGAGAUGACCCAAUUAUUGGCAGAGCGACCAAUGAUGUUAUUAAUGACAACACUGAUUUGUUUAUUAACGAAAUUAAACCAGUUUUAGAAAAUUCGCUCGCUGAGAAAUUCACAGACAUUGCGAAUAAAAUUACGUUGAAAUUUACGUACAAGGAAUUGUUUCCUUGAACGUUGUAGAAGUGAGAACUAAAUGUUGUUGUAAGAUUUGUAUUGCAUUUAUUAUACUUUUUUGUUAA